UUGUUGUCAAAUACUAAAAUCGUUAAAUUGCCUGCUGAUAAUCAAGUAUAAAAAUAAUCAGUUGGGUAGAUAUCAUAUCAAUAAAGCAUAUUAGACCCAAAUUCAACUCCUUUUAAAAUAACAUUAUCAUGAACACAGUAAGUAAACGCAUAUCUGGCAGAAAAACCUUCCGAGAUGACUGUUUAUCUUCAGUUAAUUCUUUUUUCGUCCUUUGUCGGAUUGGUCUGGUUGAUUAAGGCCAGUCCGGUCGUUAGAUAUUAUCUAAAGUUUUCUGCUUAUUACGGGAUAGUGAUGGUGGGCUCAUUGUUUUUAAUACCAGUGUUCAUUUUCCAUCCGUUUAGUGUUCAUAACUUUGUUAUAGGAUCACACUGUUUCCGUUGGAUCACCCAUUUAAUAGGAGUAAAGUGGAUAAUUCAAAAUCCUGAUUACUUGGAAUCAGAUGAACCAUGCAUUAUUGUUUCGAAUCAUCAAAGUUCUUUAGAUGUUUUAGGAUUAUUUCAAAUAUGGCCUAAAAUGGGUAAAUGCACUGUAAUUGCCCGAAAUGCAGUUUUCUGGGUAUGGCCAAUGGGAUUUGCGGCAUGGUUGGCAGGUUUGAUUUUUAUCCCAAGAGCGAAGUCUAAAGCUGAUCGAGCCAAAACUAUUAUUAACGACGUGGCGGACCAAUUAACUCUCACCCAGRCCAAAUUGUGGGUAUUCCCUGAAGGUACCCGAAAGGACACCGGCAUAAUUCAUGAAUUUAAAAAUGGGGCAUUUCACGCUGCUAUUUUAGCGCAAYUGCCAAUACAGCCUGUKAUUUUCACCAGAUACUAUUUUAUAGAUUCAGUUAAUAAACGUUUYGACCCAGGUGUCGUUAUCAUUCAUGCUUUGAAACCAAUAAGUACUAUAGGAUUAACCGUUGAURAAGAUCUCGUUGCGACUAGAGCGUUAGUACACACAGAAAUGAACAGAGCUUUCAAAGACAUCAACUUCGAUCUAUUAAAAAACUCAAAUUAUACUCAUGAUAGGUGAAAGUGUGCUAUUUUCAACUGAAAAAACAAUAAAUGCUGCAGCUAAAAGACAUUGGUAAAAUCAUAGUUCAUUCCUGCUUAACUGCGGGUAACUGUGUUUUUAUUUUUCAGUGUUUUUUUUUUCUCUGCAGUUUCCUGCAA